UACAAUGGGCCGAAUAUAUAUGUAGUAUAGGCCAAGUGGAUCAUGUCCCUAACCCUAGUUUCCAGCUCUUCUUUUUAUCUCUACUUCCAGACUAACGAGAGGCGUCGGCGCGGCUGCUACUUCAAUCUCAAGUUUGAAGAAUGGUGAGAAUCAGUGUCCUAAACGACGCUCUGAAGAGCAUGUACAAUGCGGAGAAGAGGGGAAAGAGGCAGGUUAUGAUCAGGCUUUCUUCCAAAGUCAUCAUCAAGUUCCUAAUUAUCGUCAUGCAAAAGCACAGUUACAUUGGGGAGUUUGAGUAUGUUGAUGACCACAGGUCUCGUAAGAUCGUCGUUGAGCUUAAUGGAAGGCUGAACAAGUGUGGUGUUAUCAGUCCUCGUUUUGAUGUUGGUGUCAAGGAGAUUGAGGGUUGGACCGCUCGUCUUCUUCCUUCCCGUCAGUUUGGUUACAUUGUCCUGACUACAUCUGCUGGAAUCAUGGAUCACGAAGAAGCAAGGAGAAAGAAUGUGGGUGGCAAGUUCUUGGCUUUUUUUACUGAUGCAGCAGCUUCACGACUUCUUGUUUAAUCGGGUUGUAUUUCACUGUUUUUUCGACUCGUCGAUUGCUCUUUAUGAACUCAGAUGCGUUAGACGCUUAUAGGAGAAAUAGACAAAUUUAUUUCGGUUUUUGAGUU